GGCAAAAGGAAUGCGAUAUCCUUUGGUUGUACGGACCUCUUUAUCAACCAGAUAAUGAUCCAUUCAUGGAAGAUGAUGAUGACAAAACCUUGGUUGGAACUCCACCAGAUACUGGUUGUCCUCCUUCACCUAGUUUAUCACCAUAUUCCACUUCUCCAACAAUUAAACCAGCUUUAAAGAAACCUGUAGAACAUGACCCUUUAAAAGACCUCAUUUCUUACGCUUGUGAAGUUUUGACUCACGAAAAACCUUACCCAAAACGUCGACAUACCGUUCCUAUUGAACCAAAACAAAAAAAGAAAUCUAUUAGAUUUAGCCGAAACCUUGAACAAGUUCAUUAUACCCCUACUCAUUAUACCAUCCGUCCUAUUUCAAUACCACAACCACCACCACAAAGACGUAGAAUGAGCAAUCCAUUUUUCACAAAAAUGGAAGAAGAUUUAUCAUGUGGUAAAAAUGUUGAAAAAUAUGAUCAAAUAUUUGCUUGGGCAAAAGAACAAGUCAAAUCAACUGGUAAACUCCGGUUAUUCGGUGAAGAUGGUGCAUGGUUAGAUGGAAAUUCCAAUGAUGACGAUGAUGAUGAAUUUGUAAUGCCACCACUUCCACCAUUGGUUAAAUCAAUUCCAAGACGAUCCCCGUCCGCAUCUCCUCGAUCUCCGAAUCGCAGAUCACCCACGCCACCUUCCUCAUACACAGCCACAUCAGCCAAAAAGAUGUCGGCCUAUUCUAAAAAUAGUUUUGUCAAUCAGAAGCAUGUGACCUCCCACGUGGCAUUCGGCGAUUCUGAAACUGCUGAAUCAGGAGUUGUGGAACGUUGUGUAAACAUUGCAUCCAAUGUUAAAGAUGUUGUAAGCUGGUGCGGUUCCAUGUUAUGGAACAGUACCGUUUUCUAAACAUUUCUUCCACAAAGAAGGUUAGAAAGGAAAAGAGAUGACCAGUCAUAGGGAUUUCCUUUCAACCAAAAAGGUACUUAAG